CUCGAGAUGGCCCGUACGAAGCAAACCGCAAGAAAAUCCACUGGCGGAAAGGCACCGCGUAAGCAACUUGCCACAAAAGCGGCACGUAAAAGUGCACCCGCUACUGGUGGCGUAAAAAAACCUCAUCGUUACCGUCCAGGUACCGUAGCUCUUCGUGAGAUCCGUCGUUAUCAGAAAAGUACCGAGCUGUUGAUUCGCAAACUUCCUUUCCAAAGGUUAGUGCGCGAAAUUGCCCAAGACUUCAAGACCGAUCUCCGUUUCCAGAGCUCCGCCGUGAUGGCCCUUCAAGAAGCUAGCGAAGCUUAUCUGGUCGGUCUAUUCGAAGAUACAAAUUUAUGUGCCAUUCACGCCAAGAGAGUAACCAUUAUGCCGAAGGACAUUCAACUUGCUCGACGUAUCCGUGGCGAACGUGCUAUUGAUCGAUUGAAGAUGCCUCCUAAAACUAGCGGAAAAGCUGCCAAGAAAGCUGGCAAGGCCCAAAAAAACAUUUCUAAAAGCGACAAGAAGAAGAAACGCAAGAGGAAGGAAAGUUACGCUAUCUACAUUUAUAAAGUAUUGAAACAAGUCCAUCCGGAUACGGGUAUUUCAAGCAAGGCUAUGAGCAUCAUGAACAGUUUCGUUAAUGAUAUUUUCGAACGCAUCGCCGCCGAGGCGAGUAGACUUGCUCACUACAACAAACGUUCGACAAUAACCAGCAGGGAAAUUCAAACAGCAGUGCGCCUUCUCUUGCCCGGUGAGUUGGCAAAACACGCCGUCAGCGAAGGAACUAAAGCAUUUAUACCCAUACUCGAGAUGGCCCGUACGAAGCAAACCGCAAGAAAAUCCACUGGCGGAAAGGCACCGCGUAAGCAACUUGCCACAAAAGCGGCACGUAAAAGUGCACCCGCUACUGGUGGCGUAAAAAAACCUCAUCGUUACCGUCCAGGUACCGUAGCUCUUCGUGAGAUCCGUCGUUAUCAGAAAAGUACCGAGCUGUUGAUUCGCAAACUUCCUUUCCAAAGGUUAGUGCGCGAAAUUGCCCAAGACUUCAAGACCGAUCUCCGUUUCCAGAGCUCCGCCGUGAUGGCCCUUCAAGAAGCUAGCGAAGCUUAUCUGGUCGGUCUAUUCGAAGAUACAAAUUUAUGUGCCAUUCACGCCAAGAGAGUAACCAUUAUGCCGAAGGACAUUCAACUUGCUCGACGUAUCCGUGGCGAACGUGCUUAAGCAUCUUUUUCACAAAGUUUAAAAUCGGUUCUUUUCAGAACCACAACUUUUUUUUUUACAUUUAUACAAUUGAUUGAUUUCUUAUAAGGUAUCCCAAAUUAAAGAUCCG